AUGCCGACGUUCGGUUUGCUUGAUGAUGAUGACGAUGACGAAUAUAUCGGUCACGAAGACCUACAGUUCAAGCGAUACGCUUUCCCAAGUGUUCAGCCGCUGGACAGGGUGUUUUUCGGUUUGCUUGAUGAUGAUGACGAUGACGAAUAUAUCGGUCACGAAGAUCUGCAGUUUAAGCGAUACGCUUUCCCGAGUGUUCAGCCACUAGACAGGGUGUUGUCAGCAGCCCUCCAUACUACAUUGUCAAGGCUGCUUCGUGGAAAGAGCCUGUCACCUGAAAAAAGCGAAUUUGGCGAUGAAUCGUUUAGCAAAAAACCAGAUUUUCCGUCGCCACCAAGCAAUAUCAUCGAAACCAGACCAUUAGAGCGUGGAAGCUCUCCAGAAGAGAUUGCACAAUACUACAUUGAAAGAGCUCGGAAGCACUUUGAAGAAGAGCCUAAGGAAAGAGUUUUGGUCAUAUCAAACACCAGAUUUUUAAAGAAAUUACCUGUAGUUGCUGCUGCUGAACAUACUCAAGAGCACCAACUAAACCUUCAUGAUAAGAUUGCUGAACCGACAACUGUAGCCAAUGCUGUUACAUCUCCUACGGCAACUACCUCGAAACUACCGAAUUCUCUGGAGGAAUGUUACCCGCGUGAAUUGAAACUAGCGGAGGGUUGUGAUAAGGCUAAGAAAAUGAUGGAAGAGAAUAAGGACCAGAAAAAUCUACGGGUGCUUACUAAGCGUACUAUUAUUGAGAGGGUUACUGUGGAGUCCAAAAGAACAGCGAAUGAGGAAGGAAUUCGAGCGGUUGCUGAAUUUUUUGUCAAAUUGUUUGCUGGGAAGCCAGUCAUUGGGUAA